CGAGCAGUCAAUGACACAAACAAAUGGCGCUAAAAAUUGAGGCAAAUAUCAGUUGAUUACUAAAUCUAUCGAUAUAUCUGUGGUUACCAUCGGAUCAAUUGGUGGUGAGUGAUGACUGCCGAGAACUAUCUCAUUCAGUCCCUUAUGUGGAGACAAUGUCUGACUGAAGACAAAUUCAAGCAAAUGGUUGGCAAAUGUCAAAGAGAUCUUCCGGAAGGCUCUGAAGUGAGCGCCGAAAUGAUGGGCCAAAUGGUGGCAAAAGUGAAUCGACAGCUUAGACCCUAUAAUAUGGCGAUCAGUCGCGGACCCAAUGAAAGCGACGGAACCAUUCACUACGCGCUCAUCAAUACCGCAGACAAUGAUAUCACAAGAAUGGCUACUAUUUGGACACAAAAGGAGUUGAUUUACUACAAGAAAGUGUUGACGGCUAUCGUGGAGAGUGACACCACUUCCAUAACUUCGACCAAACUGUUGAACAUCGGUCGCAACGAUGAGAUCAAGUUCACAGUGAGUGCCGCAGAGAAUCUGAUGAACAAAUGGAUGGAUCAGAAGUGGUUCGAAGAGCUGUCUGACGGAAACAUUGCGAUCGGCGUCCGGUCUCUGCUCGAGAUGAAUGUGUAUAUUAGGGAUCACUUGGACGUGAAGGACUGUCUCCGGUGCAAAAUCCUGUGCGUUCGUGGACUCGAUUGCAUGUCCUGUUCGUCUAAACUUCAUUAUCACUGCUCAGACUCGCAGUACAUUCAGGACAACAAGUGUCCCAAUUGUCACAAACAAUUUGCGGACACCGAACACAUGAAUAGCGGGACGACAGCAGACAAUAGGGAUGAAGACGUGGACAGCGAUAGCGAUGACACCGUUGUUGAGGAUAAUCCGAGUGGACGAAGAGGAAGAUCCAAGAGAUGAAGACUUUCAUAGAUUUCUAAAUAAGCUCUC